AUGUUUUAUAUUAAAAAUAUCAACCAAACAGUAUCUUUAUCACCAAAAUAUAUGAAGUCAAAUGUUUCUAGUACAUUGAAGGAGUAUCUAUCAAAAAAUGUGGAGGGAAGUAUUUCAGAGACAGGAUAUGUUAUCUCGAUAUUGGAAUUCAGCAAUAUUGGCAUGGGACGAAUAUUGCCGAAUGGAGAUAUUGCGAUAAAAAUUAAAUACAAAGCCUUACUUCUUAAUCCACAAAAAGCUGACGUUAUAGAUGCAAAGAUAGUUUCUAAAAAUAAAAUGGGGUAUUUUGCUAAGAUGGGACCAAUUUCAGCUUUUAUUUCUAUCUAUCAAAUACCAGAUCAUUUACUUGAACAUCUGAGUAACUCUAUGAAUGUUAGAUUAAAGAUCAUUGGGACUAAAAUUGAGCCUAAAAAAAUUGUCGUUGUUGGAACUCUUAAAGGUGAUGAAUUGGGUUUGAAAAAUUUGCAAUAA